GUCAUUCAUUGUACGAAGUUGGGCUUUUUUCCCGUAGCGCUGAGAGUGACCAUCCUCGUACAAAACUGACCAUCUUCGUACAGCGGUGAAUAUCGUCAAAAAAUGAAACUUUUAUAUUAAAAUAAUAACUUUUUUGAAAUAUCUUCUUUUCUUUUAAGUCAUUUGCAAAAAAAACACAUUCGUUUUACGAUUUGGAUGCCUCUUUGGAAAAAUACUUAUAUGUAUAUAUAUAUUUAUACUUUGUUUUAUAUUAACAGAGAAUAAGCAAUGAUGUUUUUGAAAAAUGGUACUAGUGCUCGUAAGUAUAAAUUUGAUCUCUUUGAUUCAAAUAAGGUUAUAUCAGGUAUGAUAUUGUUAUUGAUUUUUUUAUUUACCUUUCCAUGGUUUUUAUGGUAGUGACCUUUGAAUUCGAAUGCUAUAUUGAAUUUUCGUGCGAAAAACCUGUAAAUCACCCUUGUCCCAAGUGCCUUUGCGUGGCUUGUACGAAACUGUUUGUGUAAACAUAGUUUUGUUAAUAAUUGAGUGAGAACGGAGAAGAGCACUAUUAAGAAGAACAAUAUUAUUUUUUCUAACCUUUUAAGUUAUUUCGAUAAAGGAAAAGGUAGGUAAAUUUCGAAUCCUUUUCGAGUGCUUUUUCGAACGCACAUUUUAAAUUUACAAUGAAACUUUUAACGCGUGUUUUCAUGUUCAGCACAAUGGAGACUGAAAAGAGAUACAUACAUGGAAGAAAAAUUUCAGGAAUGGUUGGAAGAAGUUGAAAGGACUAAACGGAAUUCCGUAAUAAUGCCCGAACAGACUUAUAAAACAAUGGUGUAUUUUCUAUGUGGAAGAAUAGACAACGUUCCACGUGCUAUAAAAAGAAAAUUGCGAAGAAAAAAAAUCCAAAUGAUGAGUUAUCCUGCACUUGGUAUAUCGGAUGUUUUGUGCUCUCCAUUUCCCGAUGGCGAUUCUCUUCUAGGAAAAUAUCGUCGCGUAGCAACAGACCGACAGAUGUUUGACAUUAUCAAUAGAGUACACCGAAGAAGUUGGUCACCAAGGGGUUCAUAAAACGUUUGAAAAGGUAUUAGAUUCUUCGAACAAACCUCGUUUGAAAGUAAGAGUCCACGGAAUAUGCGUGUGUCACUGAUUUUUAAUUGCUAACAAUUUUAGAUAGCACGCACCUAUGAUAACGUUACUAGAGACGCUGUUGGUGCUUAUAUAACGCUUUGCACAACUUGCUGUCUGAAAUCCAGUCACAUAAAGAAAGCUC